AUGCAAGUAGCACAAUCCCGGGAAUUACAGGGUGCUACCAGAGUUCAACCAGUUACCAGUCCUUCAUACCAUUUCUUCUCCUUUUCGUGUUCCAACUGGGACUCAUGAUACUCACGCUCAUACGCGCCGUGCAGAACUGGCGGAUAGACUCAAGCCGUCUGUACGUUGUCCUAGUGAACCAUAACAUAUCCUAUCAUGCAUGCGGUUUUCUGCUCUCGGUAACGAACAUAAUCGUAUCACUGCUCCUCCAGAACCCCUAUCCGGUCAUUUCGUUUGAUUUCCAGGUCAUGACCCUUGCACUUCUUGCCACACGCAUGCACCUCCAUCUCUGGAAAACGAACCGACGCGCACACGGCUCUAGCACCCUUAUGCAUACUCCAAUGUCCGACAUUUCAUUUGCAAAUCCUAUGCUGUGAUGUCUUAUUCGGUGCCGUUCAUGGAGCGGUGGUUUGGUAGAGUUUGUUACGUACUUAAAACUUGUAGGAUGAGUCUGUCGCGAGGGUGGGAGGAGCAUCUGGAUGGCCGGGGGCCCCACCUUUGGCGAU